AUGUCCAAGGCUCCGAGUUUUCGAGUUCAGCGCUCUGGUUCCGUUAAGGGCGGUGCGGAGCUUCAUGCUGGCGGUGAAGGAGCCGAAAUUGCAGCUAAGAGUCGCGAGGCUAUUGAUGCACUGAAGAAACUCUACGCCACCAAGCUAAGGCCAUUAGAAAAGCGCUAUGACUUUGGAGACUUCCACUCGCCACUGUUAAGCGAUGCCGACUUUGAAGCCAAGCCGCAGGUGCUCAUGAUCGGACAGUACUCUGUGGGCAAAACCUCCUUCAUCGAGUACCUUUUAGGCAAACCUUUUCCUGGUCAACGUGUAGGACCAGAGCCCACAACAGAUCGCUUCGUUGCUGUGAUGCACGGACUGGAAGAACGCACAGUCCCGGGCAAUGCCGCAUGUGUGUCACCAGAUCUACCCUACGGUGGAUUGUCCAUGUUUGGUACAGCCUUCCUCAAUAAAUUCGAGGUGGCGCAGCUUCCAUCUUCAUUGCUUCAGCAACUAACGAUUGUCGACACUCCCGGUAUUCUGAGUGGCGAGAAACAGCGUAUUUCUCGUGGGUACGACUUCACACAAGUGGCGCGUUGGUUUGCCGAGCGCUCCGACCUCAUUUUGCUGCUUUUUGAUGCACACAAACUUGAUAUUUCGGACGAGUUUCAGCGAGUUAUCGAAGUGUUGCAGGGCCAAAGUGAUAAAGUGCGUUGUGUACUAAACAAAGCGGAUCAAGUGGAUCAACAGCGCCUGUUACGCGUCUACGGUGCGCUCAUGUGGUCGCUAGGCAAAGUUCUAAAGACCCCAGAAGUCAUGCGUGUGUAUCUUGGCUCCUUCUGGUCUCAACCGCGUCAACAACACGGUGAAGAUGGCAGCGGCAGUACUCCCGAGGCGCUCUUCGAUGCUGAAGAGCGAGACCUGCUCGACGAGUUGCGUGCUUUGCCGCAACAUGCUGCCGUUCGUAAAGUGAACGAACUAGUGAAGCGCGCGCGACUAGCCAAAGUUCAUGCCUGUAUUCUAGGACACUUGCGUGACAAGAUGCCGGCGGUUUUUGGCAUGGAGAAGAAACAGCGCGAACUGUUGGAAAAUAUGGCCGAAAACUUCCGAGAGGUGCAGCGCAAAUACCAUUUGCCACCAGGAGAUUUCCCUCCGAUCGACGCCUUCGUUCGCCAAUGCGCUGAUCGAAAGUUCACUAAGUUCCCGUCUUUAAAGUCACGGGAAUUGCAGGACAUCGACGAUAUGCUUACCAAGGAUAUCCCAGCAUUGAUGGCCUCGCUGCCUAAACACACACGUGUGGGGAUCGCUGGUGUGGAGAGCCCUGAGUAUGGGAACACUUCGAGUAAUAAUCCUUUCGCCAGUGUCGCCCCUGUGGGACAAUUGCAGUGGGAGGAGGAGCUGCUGGGACGUAAGGCAGAGUACGACGCUAUCUUCGCCACGUUGUCCUUGGAUUCCACUGGCCGGGCUUCUGGAGGAAGCUGUAUGGCACCUCUGCAAAAGCAGGCGACGACCACAGUCUCCCAGCAAAUAUUGCGGGCUAUUUGGGACCUCGCUGACCAGUCAAAGGCUGGAAGUUUGGACGCCGAUGAGUUCGCGGUGGCCAUGCACCUCUGCGCGUUGGCAAAGGACGGAGAGCCUAUUCCAGCAGAGCUCCCACCGUCCCUCGUACCGCCUUCGAGCGGCAAGCAGCAGCCGAGUUUAGGAAGCCCUCUGCAGGCCAGCGCCAUCCGCCGAGCCACGUCUAUUUAGACCUACUGCGUCAAAGAAAGACUGUUGGCUUUCAGCUUCUUCA